GCUCAUCAACGCCUGCCAAAAGGCGCAGGCACCAGAGCCUGCUCCACCUGCUCCGCAGCCGCGCGACCCAGGGCGCUUGGCACAGCCAAGAAGGAACUACAGCGUCGAGGCGGCCGAGCCUUCGAAGCCCAAGCGACCGAAGCCACCGACCCCUGUGGUGAGAGCCAGGCCAAAGCGCCCGGCGAUGAAAGGUCGCUCAAGCCCGCCGGCCUGGAACGCGGGGGCGGGCAUGCAGCCAGAAAAGGUCGAAAAGGCACACUCGCUGG